GUUUCUCCCCAAAAUGAAACCCCUGGGAUGUUGAAGGAAAAGGUGCCGGAAUGAGAUGAUGAGCAGGAGCAACGACAAUAGCAACAAAUUGAACUCCGUGUUCUACGCACAGGCCUACCAUCCAAUCCAAGCCGGUAGCAUUGACGGCACCGACAUUCUUCCUCACGAUAACGCCGUCUACAGAGCUCUUCUUUGUUCUUCCGCCGGCCUCUAUGAUCCAUUGGGUGAUCCCAAUGUCAUCGGGGAGGAUCCUUAUUGCACCGUUUUCGUCGGCCACCUCUCUCAAUUGACUACUGAAGAUACUCUUCGCAAGGGUAUGAGCAAAUAUGGCACAGUGAAGAACUUGCGAUUGGUCAGGCAUAUUGUCACUGGUGCCUCUCAAGGUUAUGCUUUUGUUGAAUUUGAAAGUGAAAGAGAGAUGCGACGAGCGUAUGAGAAGGCGCACCAUUCAGUUAUCGAUGAUUCUGAGAUUAUAGUUGAUUACAACCGGCAGCAGCUGAUGCCAGGGUGGAUUCCAAGAAGAUUGGGAGGGGGUCUUGGGGGUAAGAAAGAAUCAGGGCAGCUUCGGUUUGGGGGACGAGAAAGACCUUUCCGGGCUCCAUUGCGUCCAAUUCCUUUGGAUGAUCUGAAACGGCUUGGGAUCGCACCUCCCCCUGAAGGAAAUUACAUGUCUCGAUUUGAGGUGCCAUCCCCACCCCGAAGGAAGACAGAUUAUGCAGAUAGGGAAGACAGGCAUAGCAGAAGACGUGAGAGAAGAUCCAGCAGCCGGGAUCACUUACACGACCCAAGGGGAUCUGUGGAUAACAAUGAUAGCUCCAGGAAGAGCCACAGUAGAAAUUAUUCUGAAAGAAGGUCCAGCCGUGACAAAUAUGAUGAAAGAGAGGACAAUGCCGAGAAGAGAUACAGAGAUUCUCAUAGACAUGACCGAAGUUAUACUAGUCAUGACCAUCAAUCUGAUACAAGGCGUUCUAGCGACAGGGAACAACGGUCUCACAAGCGCCACAAACAUGAGUAAGAUUUCUUUGAAAUUAAAGUACAUACAAUUAUGUGUAUUCAACUCCCGUUACCCCUAAACAUUAUAGCAAUGAAUAUUUAGGAUUUAGAUCCCUCUACUCACUUGGCAUUACAUGAAGAUACCGAUUGGCUUAGAUUGCCCUCCCUUUUGCCAUUUCUUGUCGGUAACAAAUUGAAAUCGAUUAGUAAUGUAUUAUUAACACUUACAAGCACUUGCAAACAAGAAAAACGGAUAACGAUAAGCUUUUAUUCA